AAAUUUAGGUGGGCUAUUUGAGCCCAAUUCAUUACUCAGCAAAAACUCUUCUCUUCCUCCAGCGUUAGGGUUUCUUCUUCCUGCAAAUUUCUGCACAAUUUCCCUCAUCCCCUAUCGAUUUUCGCGGUGGUUGUGUAGCUACAAUUCAGAUUCAAAUCAUGGCUACCACAACUACAACUAGGUCUUUUCUUCAAGCUGUCGCAACGGAAGAGGUUGCAACUCCUCUCAGAAAAGUCCAGAUGGAAGGAUUGGUUAUCCUGAAGAUAAUUAAGCAUUGUAAGGACCAUUCACCUUCUUUAGUCACUGGACAACUUCUUGGGUUGGAUGUUGGGCAGGAUCUUGAAGUUACUAACUGCUUCCCUUUUCCGAUGAGGGAGGAGGAUGAGGAAAUCGAAGCUGAUGGUGCCAAUUACCAGCUUGAAAUGAUGAGGUGCUUGAGGGAAGUUAAUGUGGACAAUAAUACCGUUGGAUGGUACCAGUCUACAUUGCUUGGCUCCUAUCAAACUGCGGAGCUGAUUGAAACCUUUAUGAAUUACCAGGAGAAUAUUAGACGCUGUGUUUGCAUAAUAUAUGACCCGUCAAGGGCUGAUCAAGGUGUCCUAGCUCUGAAGGCCUUGAAGCUCUCAGACUCAUUCAUGGAACUGUACCGCAGCAAUAAUUUUACUGGCGAGAAAUUGAGAGAGAAUAACUUAUCAUGGGUGAAUAUCUUCGAGGAAAUACCUAUCAAAGUUUCAAAUUCUUCCCUUAUCAGUGCUUUUAUGACAGAGCUGGAACCUGAGACUCCAGUAACCCAGUGUGAUUAUGAUCGUCUGCAACUGUCAUCCAGUUCUCUAAUGGAGAGAAAUAUGGAAUUUUUGAUUGAAUGCAUGGAUGACUUGUCAGUAGAACAACAAAAGCUCCAAUACCACUAUCGUAGCUUGUCUCGUCAGCAGGCUCAGCAGCAAGCAUGGCUUCAGAAGAGAAGGUCGGAGAACGCGACACGCAGAGCUGCUGGGGAGGAGCCUUUACCCGAGGAAGAUCCUGCAAACCCCAUUUUCAAGCCACUCCCCGAGCCAUCACGUCUGGAGAGUUUCCUCAUAACAAAUCAAAUUUCCAACUAUUGCACCCAAAUCAAUGGGGUUGCAAGUCAAAGCUUUAACAAGGUCCAUUUGAUGAAGGCUUUGCAUGAGGAGUAAAAUAGCAAUUUAUGCUUGUCACUCCCAAUGCGAAUUAUAUCGCGAAUUUGGUAGUAUAAUAGAAAAAUUGUUGUUUUAUUUCGAAGUAAUUUUUGUUUUUCUAAACUCUUCAAUUGUAAGCAGUGUAAUUUAGAGAGAAAAUACGCAUAGUGCUGCUUAAUGAUAGUUCAUUGUUUCUUGAUCUACUAUCUCCAAUAUUUGGGUUUCAUUAUGAAUGUAACACAUUCACUUUUUUUCAUGAAA